UUUCGAACUCUGCGAAUAUAUGAUACGAGAAGGUGUUGAUUGUGUACGAAAAUUCACCAUGUUGGGUUUACAUACCACCAUCCGAAAAUUUGUAACUUCCACUUCAACGAUGAGCGUUGCUAUGAAAAAUAUCACGGUCAUUGGUGGUGGUCUCAUGGGGUCAGGCAUUGCUCAGGUGGCAGCACAGACAGGACAUAAUGUUGUGUUAGUUGACAUAUCUGAGGACUUGUUAAAUAAAUCCCAAAAUAAUAUCCACAAAAGUCUGGAGAGAGUAGCUAAGAAAAAGUACCCAACCAGUCCUGAGGAUAGCCAGAAAUUUAUCUCUGAAACCCUCAGCCAAUUGACACUGAAUACAAAAGUUGAAGAUGCUGUUAAGACUAGUGAUCUUGUGAUAGAAGCCAUUGUGGAGAACUUAGAUACCAAGCAGAAGUUGUUCUAUAACCUUGACAUGUGUGCACCAGAGAAAACCAUUUUUGCCAGUAAUACUUCUUCCCUUCCAAUAAGUGAAAUUGCUUUUUCAACGCAACGCAAAGAUAGAUUUGGAGGUCUGCACUUUUUUAAUCCUGUUCCAGUCAUGAAAUUAUUGGAGGUAAUUAGGAUACCUGAAACAAGUGAUGAGACCUACAAUAAAUUGAUUGCAUUUGGAAAGCAGAUGGGAAAACAGACUGUCACAUGUAAGGAUACUCCAGGGUUCAUAGUGAAUAGACUUCUUUUACCAUACAUGUCGGAAGCUAUUAGAAUGAUGGAAAGAGGUGAUGCAAGCUGUAGAGAUAUUGACAUUGCUAUGAAAUUGGGAACUGGUUAUCCCAUGGGUCCAUUUGAGCUAGCUGACUACGUUGGAUUAGACACCACCAAGUUUAUUUUUGAUGGAUGGUAUGAACGAUAUCCAGAAAUGACACAAUUCAAAACUCCAGACCUUCUUAGCAAAUUGGUGUCAGAAGGAAAGUUCGGACAAAAGACAGGAGAAGGGUUCUAUGUAUAUGAAAAAAAAUAAAGAAAGACUGUGUGGAAUGCAACAGGUUGGAGAAUUUUAUGCUUAAACAAAUAAAUUUGUUUCUAUCUAUGGCUUUAAUCAGCAUUGAUUCAACAAAUGAUGGUUUUGUUGAUUAAAAAAGAAGAUAAACAUGGGUUUUUAUUCAUUAUUUUUGUACAUUAAAGGCAAUAAAUGCAAUAAAAGUAUAAUGUUCAACAUGA